UCACAGCAUACUGCCAUCUCGUUCUUGCACGUCGCUGAGUUGGAAGUUCGUGGGAAAAGUGUGUUGCUUUGCGGAGUUUUAUUGCAGGAUUUCCCCAGAUAAAUCGUGUAAAAAGGUGAAAUUCCGAGAAAUUCUAACAUGUAGGAGUCUGAAGUGUGUGCAGUGAUAAAAAUUGUGCGUGAAAAGUUGGUGAAAAAGUGUGAAAAGUGAGGUGGAAAAAUGGCCCCACCAGGUAAUGGGAUUUUCGUGGUCAGGGGCGAAUUGUCCACCCUGACAACAGCCAUGAGACGUGGGGCGCGCUGGAGUGGCAGCAAUUCCUACCAGGAUGAGGAGCAAGACGGUCUGCUGAAGCCACUGCACGAGCUGAAGAACAUCCUCAUUCAGAGUGAGGAUUUGCGCCUGAUCGACCCCAAUGUGUUCCUGAGCCCCUUUCUGGACAUCAUCAAGUCGGAGGAAACCACUGGUCCAGUGACAAGUUUGGCCCUGUCGGCUGUUAAUAAAUUUCUCUCUUACGGACUGAUUGAUCCCACGCACGUUCAUAUUGCCACAACUGUGGAAAACAUCGCGGAUGCCGUGACCCAUGCGAGAUUCGUAGGCACUGACCAGGCUUCUGACGGUGUGGUGCUUAUGAAGAUCGUCCAGGUGCUGCGCACACUGAUGCUGAGCCCCGAGGGCAGUGCUUUGACCAAUGAGAGUGUGUGCGAGGUGAUGCUGAGCUGCUUUCGGAUCUGUUUUGAGCCACGACUCAAUGAGCUGCUGAGGAGAACAGCCGAGCAAGCUCUGAGAGACAUGGUCUUGCUCCUGUUCAUGCGUCUGCCGCAAUUUGUAGAGGAUCGGCAGCCCUUCAAUCUGGCGAAGAAGCUGAAGAUGAUCGCGGGCAGUGACGGUGGCCAGAAGAAGAGGAAGAGCAAGACAGUGCCGAAGAUUCCUAAAGUCACUGCCUUGAAAGCCGAAGAAGGUGAGCAGGAGCCCAUUAGUCCCACAGGAAUGACACUGAAACCACCGCCUCUGGCCACCACACCGGCCACUCCUGCUGGGAAUAUCGUGGACAUGCGAGGGAAGAUUGCCGAGACGCCAAUUUCGUCCCUUAUUCAAACCCCAAAGCGUCCAGAAGAUCCUGAGACGCCGGAAGUAGUCGCUGAGGGAGAGAAUGGGAAAGAGACUGAGUCUCUGGAUGAGGAAAAGAUGCCACUGAAUCGUCAUGAGAGUGUCGAAUGCGAAGCUGAUGUGGAAGAUGAACCGGAUGAGGGAAAAACUGUGAAAUCCCGUGAGGAAUAUGUGAAUUCUGUGGGUGUGAGAUUCACUCAACAGCGCAGCAUCACGACAGUCCUUCUCCCAUAUGGACUACCGUGCAUUCGGGAGCUGUUUCGCUUCCUCAUCUCACUCUGCAAUCCGCUGGACAAACAGAACACCGACAUUAUGAUGCACAUGGGCCUAAAUCUCCUGACAGUCGCUCUGGAGAUUGGCGCUGACAGUAUUGGGAACUAUGAUUCUCUUCUGGUGCUCGUGCGGGAUGACAUGUGCAGGAAUCUGUUUGCUCUGCUCAACACUGAGCGUCUCACCAUCUUUGCGGCGGAUCUGCAGGUGUGCUUCCUGCUCUUUGAAUCCCUCAGAGGUCACCUGAAGUUUCAGCUGGAGUUCUAUCUGACCAAAUUGGCGGAAAUCAUCGGCAGCGAGAAUCCACGGAUGCCGUACGAGAUUAAGGAGCUGGCCCUGGACAAUAUGCUGCAACUGUGGCGCAUUCCGGGAUUCGUGGCGGAGUUGUACAUCAAUUUCGACUGUGAUCUUUACUGCACGAAUCUCUUUGAGGACAUCACAAAGCUCCUGUCGAAGAACAGUCUGUCCGCCACUCAGGCCAUCCACAGCACUCACAUUCUCUCCCUGGACGCCCUGCUGACGAUUCUGGAGGCCAUCAAGAGGAACUGCGUGGCCACGAAGGCGGGAAAUACAACUACAGUUUCGAGACACUCGAGAAACAAUUCCAGCUGCGAGAGGAUUGUGAUUGAGAGCGAUGUGAAUCAGAGUGGAGCCGAGAGUUCAGCUGUGGAGGUGGAGAACAUCAGUAACUACAUUAAUUUGUCUCAGCUGGAGCGAUAUCAUCGCAACUGUGAAGAAGAUGCACCCGUGAGUCACGAUCAGUUGGCGAAGUUGAAGAAUAAGAAGCGGAUUCUGUCCCAGGGAACGGAGCUGUUCAAUUCGCGUCCUGAGAAGGGAAUUCUGUAUCUGCAGGAGAAUGGAUUGCUGAAUCCUGUGCUGGAUCCGAGGGAAGUGGCGCACUUCUUGCGCGAGAAUUCGGGACUGGACAAGAAGAUGAUUGGCGAAUACAUAAGCAAGAAGAAGAAUGUGGAGAGUAAGAUUCUGGAGACAUUUGUCAAGUCCUUUGACUUUACAAAUUUGCGAAUUGAUCAGGCGCUGAGAUUGUACUUGGAGACGUUCAGAUUGCCGGGUGAGGCGCCGCUGAUCUUUCUGGUGAUGGAGCACUUUGCUGAUCAUUGGCAUCAGUGCAAUGGAGAGCCUUUUGCCAACACCGAUGCGGCCUUUAGGCUGGCGUAUGCGAUCAUAAUGCUGAACAUGGAUCAGCAUAACUACAAUGCCAAGCGAUUGAACAUACCCAUGACGGUGGAUGACUUUCUGAAGAACCUGAGGGGACUGAAUGGCAAUCUGGAUUUCGAUCAGGAGAUGCUGGUCAGUGUGUACAAUUCGAUCAAGAGCGAGGAGAUUGUCAUGCCGGCCGAGCAGACGGGCAUUGUGAGGGAGAACUACUUGUGGAAGGUGUUGCUGAGGCGUGGCUGUGGCCGCGAUGGGCAGUUCCACCAUGUGGCAGGAGCCGCACACGAUAGAGAGCUGUUCAGGAUUGUGUGGGGACCAACAUUGGCGGCACUGAGCUUCAUGUUUGACAAAUCCAGCGAUCCCAGCAUCAAUCAGCGCGCCAUUCGUGGAUUCUCAGCUUCGGCGAACAUCUCUGCGCACUACAGUCUGCACGAGGAUUUUGACGCCCUCGUGCUCACACUGUGCAAGUUCACCACGCUGAUCAGUGUGCCGGAGGAUGCCAAUGAGAUUGGAACGAGUGUGGCUUUCGGGCAGAAUGUGAAGGCGCAAUUGGCGCUGAAGUGCACCUUUGGGCUGGUGCACGAGCACGGAGACACGAUGAGGGAGAGUUGGAAGAAUAUCCUGGACGCUAUGGCGCAGCUGUUCAAGCUGAAGCUCCUGCCGAAAGGAUUGAUGGAGGUGGAGGACUUCUGUGAGGCGUCAGGACGUGUGGCUCUGGUGCAUGCGAAACCGCAGCUGGUGAAGUCAGAUGCUGGCCUCCUCAGCAGUCUGUACUCGUAUCUCAGCUCGGAUAGCCAGCGACAGCCGUCUUACGAGGAGCAGGAGAUCAUAAAGGUGUCCAGGAAGUGCACCAAGGAGUGUCAAGUGGAUCAGAUCAUCACGGAGUCGAAGUUUCUGCAGUUUGAGUCACUGCAGGAGCUUCUCAAGUGUCUCUUUGGGUGCAUCAAACCGCCAGAGAGUCACAAGUCUGUGGGUGUGUCAUAUCCUGAGGAUGUCACGGUGUUCCUCAUGGAGCUCUCUGUGCGUAUUCUGAUCCACAACAGAGACAGAUUGCUGCCACUGUGGGAAUCGUGUCGGGAGCCACUUUAUCAACUCCUGAUCGGUGCGGCAAAGUGUGGCUAUGAUUAUCUGCUGAAUCGCACCAUUGUAGCCAUUCUGAAGUUGGCUAUCUAUCUGAUGAGGAAUGAGGAACUUUGUCCAGUCGUCUUGCAGAGUCUGAAGAGUAUUCUUACACUGAAACCACGUGUGAUUUUCCGCAUCUCCAGGCAAAUCUCGACGGGAAUCUAUGAGUUGCUGAAGACAAGUGCUCAGAAUAUCCACACAGAGGCCGAUUGGGCGAUUAUCUUCACACUGCUGGAGUGUGUGGGAGCGGGAGCAGUGCUGGUGGAGUUUGAAGAGGCAUCAAAUGCGGUGAAUGGCACGAAGUCCGAUGGAGCGCUGAGCAGUGAGGAUGAUUCGGGGCUUCCGGAUCGUGGCUACACAUCAGACUCCGAGGUGGGAAAGAGUGGGCAGUUGUCCACGACCAGCACGCCUCUGAUCAGUCCCACGAGUGCAGAGAACUGGAUUCUGGUGAACAAGGAUGCGGCUGAUGUGCAGAUGGCGAGGCCUCUGUCGCCCAUCAACACGUUGGCCUACACGUGCAAGCUGGUGGAGCACAGUCCGGUGGCGCUGGUGAAGUGCUGGGACAGUUUGGCGUUCAUUGUGAGGAAUGUGGCGCACAUCACGCCGUACAACUUCGAAAGCUGCGUGAGGUGCAUGAGAACCUUUGUCGAGGCAUCGUUGAAUGGCGGGCAGAAGACGCUGAAGGCGAAGGCGAAGAAGGCAGCGGCGCGGAGGGACAGGAAGCGCGAUGAGAGCACGGAUAGUGAGGAGGAAGAGAUGCCCGAGAGGUAUCCAACCAUAGCUAUCCAGUUGCUGGAUCUCAUGCACACUCUGCACACGCGGACGGCGCAGAUCUUCCGCUGGUGGGCCGAAGAGGGUGGCGUUCUGCCGCAUGGCGGAGCCUUGUGGGCGCAGGGAUGGUGUCCACUGCUUCAGGGCAUCGCCAGAUUGGCCACAGAUCAACGCCGGCAAGUGCGCACGAGUGCCAUCACGUGUCUCCAGCGAGCUCUGCUGGUGCACGAUCUGCAGACAUUGAGCGGCCCAGAGUGGGCGGGAUGCUUCAAGCAGGUGCUCUUUCCACUCCUGUCGGACCUCCUGGCGGAAUGUCCAGCGCCCAGCGAUCCCAGCCUACUGGAGGAGAGCCGCAUGAGGACGGCGACGAUCAUGUCGAAGGUCUUCCUGCACCAUCUCACGCCACUCAUCGGCCUGGUGGGCUUCGCUGAGCUGUGGCUGGAGAUUCUGGACUACAUUGAGCGCUUCAUGAAGGUGGGAUCAGACAUGCUGCACGAGGCGAUGCUGGAGAGUCUGAAGAAUAUGCUGCUCGUGAUGCACUCCGUGAGAGUGUUUCACGCUGCCGAUGGUGUGUCUCAUGCUCCACUCUGGGACGUCACCUGGUCGCGCAUUUCCCUCUUCCUGCCGCACCUCAAGGAGGAGCUGUUUAGGGAUGAUACUAUUCCAGCUGCCACAAAUGUUCAGCCUCUUCAGCAGAGUCCGGUGGACAGUAUUCCUACUCCGCCGAAGACCAGCAUCAUCCUCCAGCCGCCGGUGCUGAACCAGGAAGCGCCUCCGCCAGCGAUUCCCCUCCUCGUUGGACGGGCAUGUCCAACAGUGACGGCGGCCCCAGUUCCCAUCCUUGUGCCCAAGGCGCCUUCCCUGCAACAGCCAGUGACUCCACCUCAGGUGGCGCAGGACAGUCAGCCCUUUGUCAAUCCUGACUUCUCGAACGUGAUUGAGCUGCCCGUGACCCCGAGUCCGCCACUUGCGGAGCCCGGAGUGCCGCUAAGUCACUUGCUGGCCGGCAAUCAGUAUCCCAGCCUCACGAAGGUGCCACCGAACAUCGCCCAGAGCUUUGCGCCAGUCUUCGUGCAGCCGCAGAACAUGCAAUCUGAGACGGACAUCUACAGUGACUACGUAAAGAAUCCCUACAAUCUGACGCUGCAGGGUGAGGCUGAGGCGCCGCCGCCGUCGCAGGAGCGACAAGAGCGGCCGGAGACGAGAGUCCUGGGCUCUGAGGGUAGCUCCAGGGAGUCCAAUGUAUUCCAAUCGGCCAACUACUUUGGCAACGACACCGGAGUCAUUCCGCCGGGGUCCGAGGUGUUCUUCGGGGGGCCCUAG